AUGCCGAUCCCAAAAUCGGUCGCAGUCCCGGUCGCUGUCCCGGUGCCGGUGCAAUGGGACGCGGGGCCGGCUCCGGUGGCAGCAGAGCGCUGCCAAAGGCGGGGCGGAGCGGCGCCGUGGAGCUGGGGGCCCGGGGGCGGUCCCGCCCGGGCCGUACUUAAGGCGGCGGCGGGCGGCGGCCCCGCCGUGCCCAUGGCUCUCCCGAGCGCCGCCCGGGCGUUCCGCGCCGCCGUUCGUCGGUGCGAUCCCCCGAGCCGCCCGCGCACCGCGCCCGCCGCCGCCCCCCGCGGGCUCUCCCCGGCGGCGGCGGGCGCGGGACCCCGGCCGGGGCCGGCCUCUCCUCCGCGAGGCGCGGAGCGGGGCCCGCCGCCGCCCGCCGUGGAUUUCGGGGAUCCGCGCGAGGCGUUCCGCAGCAAGAGCAGCGCGGAGCUGCUGCGGGGGCUGGUGGUGCUGGGGCUGUGCGCCGUGGAGCCGCUGGUGCAGCACAACCGGGAGUUCGUGGCCGGGGAGGACCAGGAGGCCAUCAAGCCGCUGCUCCGGCGGAACCAGGCCUUCGGCGUGGGUGCUGUGCUGGAUUACAGCGUGGAGGAGGACCUGGGCGACGGGCGCUCCCGCACCUCUGCAGCCGAGAAGGAGAUGGGAGGAGGAGAGAAAUGGGAGAAGCAAUACCAAGCCCAUCAGGGAUUUGGAGAUCACCAUGGUGGAGUCACCGGUGCCCACACCUAUUUCUAUGCUGACGAAGCCAAGUGUGACCAACACAUGGAGACUUUCCUCCGCUGUAUUGAUGCAUCAAGUGGCAGCUCAGAGGAUGGCUUCUCUGCCAUCAAGCUAACAGCCCUGGCCAGACCCCAGUUCCUGGUGCGGUUCUCAGAGGUGCUGGGGAAGUGGCGGAAGUUCUUCCACCAAAUGGCCGCAGAGCAGGGCCAGGCCGGGCGCGCAGUGCUGGACACAAAGCUGGAGGUGGAGAAGCUGCAGGAGGCACUGGCCAACCUCGGCAUUGCAAGCAAGGCAGAGAGCCAGCAGUGGUUCACAGGCCUGGGCACGAACGGCACUGUGGACCUGCUGGACUGGAACAGCCUGUUCGACAGACGCACCAAGCUCUCCAGGCCUCUGCUCAUCCCAAACAGAAUGACUGGGCAGCUGGAGCCUCUGCUGUCACGCUUCAGCGAGGAGGAGGAGCUGCAGAUGAAGCGGGUGCUGCAACGCGUGGAUGUCCUUGCGAAGAGAGCCAUGGAGAAGGGUGUGAGGCUGAUGGUGGAUGCGGAGCAGAGCUACUUCCAGCCGGCCAUCAGCCGCCUCACCGUGGAGACGCAGCGCCGCUUCAACAGGAGCCAGCCCAUCAUCUACAACACCUACCAGUGCUACCUGAGGGUGAGGCUGGAGGCUUACAACAAUGUGACAGGGGACAUGGAGCUGUCACGCCGAGAGGGCUGGCACUUUGGUGCCAAGCUGGUGCGUGGCGCCUACAUGGAGCAGGAGAGGGAGAGGGCGGCUCAGAUGGGCUACGAGGAUCCCAUCAACCCAACCUAUGAGAAGACCAACGAGAUGUACCACAGGUGCCUGGACUAUGUCCUGGAGGAGAUCACGCGUAGCCAAAAAGCCAACGUGAUGGUGGCAUCUCACAAUGAGGACACGGUGAAGUUCACCCUGCGCCGGAUGAUGGAGCUGGGGAUCCAUCCCUCAGACAAGAAGGUGUGCUUCGGGCAGCUGCUGGGCAUGUGUGACCAGAUCACCUUCCCCCUGGGCCAGGCUGGCUUCCCCGUGUACAAGUACGUGCCCUAUGGGCCGGUGAACGAGGUGCUGCCUUACCUGUCCCGCCGGGCCCAGGAGAACAGGGGCUUCAUGCAGAGGGCAAACCGUGAGCGGGACCUGCUCUGGAAAGAGGUCAAGAGGCGUCUCCUCACAGGAAACCUCUUCAGCCACUGACCCCAGCCUCAGCCCUGGGGCUCAUGUACCUUCAGCCUGAUCCACUGUCACCAUUCCCCAUCCCAGUUCUGCUGCAGCUCCCCCAUCCCCCUUUGCCCUGGGAGAGAAGUGUCCUUGUUGCUGUUUAACCACUGUCACCUUCCAGUGGCCUCUGGGAUCGUCCCAGCUCGCACUGCCCCUGGGAUGUCCCUCUGCCAUCCCACAGCCUCUCGAGCUGUCCCAGGGGAAAUGCUGGGGCUCUCCUGCCAGUCUGCUCUGUGCCUUGAUGAACACUAUCCCCGGUUUUUUUCCCUGGCAUGAUUGCACAGGGUGAUUUAUCCACUUGCCUUGUGCCCAGGGGCUCAGGUCCAAGUGGACUGGGUGACUUGGGGACAAGCUGGCCUCAGCCAGAAGCUUCUCCAGCCUCUGCCAGGGUUGGAGCUCCACCAGACCUUUGAAGGGGCAGGAUCAGCCCCGGUUGCCAGUCCCAGACAGCCACUGCCUGCUCACUGGCUUUGCACUGACCUGGGCAGGUCUAGGCUCUCCCCCAUCCCACUGGGAUAAGUUGCCUGGGGUUGUCCAUCUUCAGGCACAUAUCCAACAGGAGGGGUGAGGGGAGUGGGCUGGCCCCAUCCCUGUACUAUUCCUGCCCUGCCCACAGCCCCUGGUUCUAAUGAUGGACCAGGGACAGUGGGAGCACCAGGAGCUGGACCACAGCUCGUCUCUGCUGUACACUGGAUUUGUAGAGAACAGAAAUGAUUAAAUCACAACUGUUCCUGC